AGCAGCAAAAGCGUAUUUGUUCUGUGUAUUAUGUGUCCGAAGGCGAAAAGAAAUGCAAAAAUCAAGAUACAUAACUUGCUAUAAAUCAUUGAUAAGCAAUCGGCUCAAAUUCGCACUGCAUAAAAUUGAUAAAAAAUAAAUGCGUAAAGUGCGAAAAUAAUGUGAAAGCGUGGAAAUAGACGACAAAUACUCAUACGCAAUACAAUAAGAAAUAAAAUAAACAAACGUCAAAAAAGAGGUGUAAAAUAAAGUACUCAAUGUAAAUACACGGUUUUGAUAAAAAUAAAGUUACGAGCUCAAAUAAAUUAAUACAUGCGCAAAACUGGAGAGGAAAACCUAAAUAGAAGAUUAGCAAAAAGUCCUACAUAUUCACUUCAAUUAUAAUUACAAACUACAACCACCAAAAUAAUGCCGGAAGCCACAUCAACUUUUCCUUUUGUGUACACACCGGAACCGCCUAAGAAGGCGCCYAUCAUAAAACUCUCAUGUGGCAUCGGCGAUACGGACGGAUUUCCCGCCUUUGAUGUCGACUCGGACGCCUAUGCGGCCAAAGAUGAUCCCAAGUGGGGUUUUCUAAUCACAGGCGGCGCUGAGUUUCACAUGCCGUUGACCGUAUUUCAG